AUGAAAAAGUUUGUGCUAAUCAAUCAUGAAAGUAUUUAUGCUAAUCAGAACGGAUAUGCGCUUCAUCCAUUUAAAAAACAUUGGAAGAGUAUUGGUCCACUCAGCAAAUUUUUCGAUUGUUUGGAGUUCUUUCUAAAUGAAUCCUGUAAUGCUGUAGUUCCAGUCCGAUUCAGGCAUUCAGCACGAUUCAGAUUAUCUACCGAUCGCAACUAA